AUGUCUGCUGAGAACCCUAAGCUUGAGCGGCAUUGCCUUGUCACUGUCGGCGCAACCGCCCGCUUUACCCAACUGCUCACUGAAGUCGUCUCGCCUACCUUCCUCGACUUCCUCGUUGGCGACCGCUACACCCACCUGACCCUCCAAUGCGGCAAAGACUAUGAGCAUUUUUCUCGAAAUAUUCUCCCCACGCUAGUUCCUCGCUGGCCAACGCUCGAGAUCACUGCCUUCGACUUCGUCGACGAUCUCACCGUCGAAAUGACAAAGUGCCAAGCCGCUACUGGCCGCACCGGAACCAUCCUCGACGGCAUGCGCGUCAACGUGCCCCUCGUCGUCGUCCCGAACCCGACCCUCAAGGAUAACCACCAAGUCGAGCUGGCCGAGGAGAUCCAGCGCCAGGGUUACGGGAUCUGGGGCCAUCUCGGCGACAUCUCAUAUGCACUGGAACAGCUUGUUCUGCAGCUUGAUAAGACCAAGGUGCAGUUCAAGCCUCACUCCGUGAAGGAGGAUGCCGAGCCUCUCAACGUCGACUUGUGGCAGGUCACCAGUGCUAUGCUGGGACGCUACGCUGUAGAGACACCUCAGCCUACAAACAGGACAGGUGCGGGCAAUGGGGGCUCGGGGGAGGUCCAGCGUGAGGAGGUGGCUCAGAUGACGAUGGGCUAG